AGCUGGAGUCACCGGGAGAAACAAACAGAGUCAGACUUACAGCCGGAGCUAUCCCGGGCGCAACAUGUGCGGGGACCUAAGGAGACCGGAUGAACCCAGCUGAGCCAGGAGCGUGCACCACUAGAGGAAAACUGAGCUCCCACUGCACCCGCCUAGAUCAGCCUGUACCCCAGCUGCUUGACCUGCCAGUACACAUCACUGCACCUCUGUCCUGCACCCAUUACUCCAGCAUUGCACCCCCACCCUGUAGGCAGUACUGCCCCCAGCACUCUGUAAAAUUAACAUCAUCACCUCACUUCUCCAUCACUGCACCUCACAAACUCCUCACUAGUAUCCAGCACUGCAUCUCAUCAUUUCACCCCAGCACAGCCUAGGCAUCCAGCACCUCAUUACUUAGCACCCCAGCACAGCCUAGGCAUCCAGCACCUCAUUACUUAGCACCCCAGCACAGCCUUUGUAUCCUACACUGCACCCAAGUACUUCAUCUCUGCACCUCAUUUUGUUAUCCCUGAGUCUUAGCUCUGCUAUUGGCACCAGUAUCAUCCCAUCAAAGUAACCCACUUGUACUUCUUACCCAGCAUCUUACAGGUUCCAUCUCAACGUCACAGCAUCCCAGGUCCACCAACAUCAUUCCAGAACCCCUUCCCAAAUACAGUGUCAUCACUCCACCACCUACUCAUUACAUCUAGUUUGCAUCCAUCUCUAUAGCUGCACUGCAUCCAUUUACCCCACUCAUGAUUCUGCUCCCCACAACCCUGUACUUAGUGCCCAUUCAUGAAUUUUAACUGUGUUCAGUGACGCCCCUUUUCCCAUGGAAGUCUGUGAGUGCUGGUGACCCAAGAGAUACCCUGUUGCCUGGUACCAUGGAGGGUGCCACUUUACCCCCAGACAGGAAUUUUCACAGCCCCUUACUGGAACUAGAGGACUUCAGUGAGGCGGAUUUCAUGAACAACAUGCACUUCUCUGAGGCUCUUGAUGACUUCUCCAAUGAGCUGUUUAAUAGUUUUUUUGAUGAUCCUCCACUGCUGGACAGAGACUCUCUACUGGACAUGGAGGUGGAGAGUCCGCCACCAGCCAUCCAAGUCGAGCACAGCUACUCACUGAGUGGAGAUUCGGCCCCACAGAGUCCCGCUCUCACAAUCAAAGAGGAGGAUGAGGACAAUCAAAGCGAGCCUGGCAGUGCAGUUUGGUCCUUUGAACACGAGCUAUGCUCUUUGCUUGUGAAGCAGGAACAGAGUGCUAUGUCACAAGCAGAAUCUGCACACAACAACCCUGAACUGGAAUUAGACCAAGGGCUCCGAGAGCUGCAGGAGGAGGUGAAUAUUUCCAGGACCUCAAUAUCGCACAUAAAAGCUGAACCAGGGAUUCCCAACCACUUUGUAAAUGUAUCAGGAGAUGUUUUGGGGGUGAUGCCUCUAACUCCCCCUAGUAGUCACAGCAGUGACAGUGAUGGUUCUCAGAGCCCCCGCUCUCUACCACCCCCUAGCCCGGCCCGUCCAGCACCUCGUUCCUCUCACGCCAUAUCCUCUUCACCACUACUCACCGCCCCCCAUAAGCUGCAAGGUACGUCUGGACCUCUGAUGUUGACGGAGGAGGAGAGGCGCACAUUGGUUGCAGAGGGGUAUCCAAUACCCACCAAACUGCCACUUACUAAAACAGAGGAGAAGGCGCUGAAGAGAGUGCGUAGAAAAAUUAAAAAUAAGAUCUCAGCUCAAGAGAGUCGAAGGAAAAAGAAGGAAUAUGUGGAGUGUCUGGAGAAAAAGGUAGAAUCUUUCUCUUCACAAAACAAUGAGCUGUGGAAGAAAGUAGAGACUCUGGAGAGCGCAAAUAGGUCACUGCUUCAGCAACUACAGAAGCUACAAGCUCUGGUGUCAGGCAAGGUUCCAAGACCAUGCAAACUGGCAGCCACCCAAACUGGAACAUGUCUCAUGGUUGUGAUCUUGUGUUUUGUUCUUGCUUUUGGGUCCAUGAUCCCAUCUUUACCAGAAUUUUCCUCUGGUUCUCAGAUAGUGAGAUCAACCCCGCUCCUGGCUCCUGACCUGUACACCCUAAGCCAGGUCCGCUCAAGAAACCUUCUGUCCUAUGAUGAGGGGUCACCUGAGGAAGUCCCCAACUCCAUGUUGGGGAUAUCAACCAGAGGUGAUUGGAUCACAGAAUCAGCUGCUUUGAACCAGCGCCUUGAGAACACAGCCCAUGAACGGGACAAGUACCUGGGAGAACCAGAAACCAAUAACCAGACAGAUGAAAUAAACAGGAGGCAGAAGAAGGGGGACACAGGCUCCAGUUUCUUGUAGGGUCAGGGGCAGCUGGAGAGGGGGUCAGUAGCUGAACAUGCCACAAGCAAGGAGGAAGUGGAGAAUUGCUUGGAAGUCUGGAGUCAAAGACUAAGAAUCUAAGGGAAAUCCCAGACUCCAGCACUCACACCAGCUCACCCUUAGGUGUUCUAAGCCUUUAACUGAAUUUUUUGGAGUACAGCAAGACUGACUCAGCAAGGCUCCAGGCGGAGAUCACUUCGCUAUUUUGUGCCCGUUCUUGGUUAAGUGAAGGCCGACUAUGCUGCAGCUAAGGCCAUUUUGAGUUUUUUCACCUUUGACAAACUCCAGUGAUUACAUUUGCUAUCUAAUAAAGGGGAGUCUACUUUUAUUAAACCCUUCCCUAUCAGAUGGAAUCAUCAAGAUUUGAAACUCGCACCUCAUACUGUUUUUUUUUAAACAAAGAACAUUCAUCCUUAGACUGCUGGCAAAGGACUCAUGAGGCCCUUAUUAGCCUCCAGACCACUCUCCUGCCUGCUGCCCCCUUGUACAGACCACAUCUGGAUUUCUGGAGAUGAUUUGAUAGUUAGCGCGAGCUUUAUAUGCAUGGGAGUUUUGUUACACUUCCUACUCUGAUCUUUGCAAUGUGCCUGCUUUAAUCAAGCAAAAUAAAAAAAUAGCAUCAGCAAAAUGAA